AUAUUACAACUGUGUGUAUGUUUAUAUAUGUAUGUAUGGCUGCCCAUUGUGAAGAUCACUAUUGUGAAUGCAUAUUAUCUCAAAAGCAUAUCACCAAAACAAUGCUAAUUAAAAUUCACUUGUGUUCUCUUCUCUUCCCUUUCGUAUUGGUCGAAUGGGCGUCGACAGAUUGCAACGAGACCAACACAAGGAGAACUCCCACAACUAUCACAAAAGGUCUUAACAUAACUAAACCUGGUUGUGAAAGCGGGUGUGGGAACUUAAUCGUUCCUUAUCCAUUCGGCAUAGGCAUAAAUUCAGAAUGUUCUAUACAACCUUCAUUCAGUAUCAAAUGCGAUACUUCUUUCAACCCUCCAAAGCCCUUUAUUGCAAAAGGAAAUCUUGAAAUUAUUGAUAUAACAGAUUCUCAUAUAAGGAUCAAGAACCAGGUGGCUGUCAGAUGCUACAACGAGCUCGGCGAAUCGACCAAGGAAGAGAAAAUCGAAAUCCAAUUUCCUCAAUAUUUUAGCUUAUCUGAUGCAAAUAAGUUCACAACCAUCGGAUGUGACGAUCUAGCUGUAAUAGCAGGAACAGGUCGGAUUAAUUUCUCCAGUGGUUGUGCUUCGACUUGCUAUGCAGAAAAUGAUGUUCUUGAUGGUUAUUGUACCGGCACCGGUUGUUGCCAGACUUCAAUACCGAAUGGCCUAACGGGUUUUACUGCUUCUCUAGGUAGCAUUAAUAAACACACUAGUUUGUGGUCCUCUGACCCUUGUGGUUAUGCCUUUCUUGCAGAGCAUGAUAGCUUCACAUUUCAUUCCUCUGACCUCAAUAACGAGACCUUUAUGAACAGAACCAUCCAGAAUGUUCCGAUACUCCUGGAUUGGGUUAUUGGGAAUACUACUUGCAGUGAGGCUAAACAAUCCUAUGAUUUUGCGUGUCAAAAUAAUAGUGAUUGCGUUGAUUCUAACACCAAUCUUGGUGGAUAUCGAUGCAGCUGCAUUGAUGGAUAUGAGGGCAAUCCAUAUCUUGAGCCAGGCUGCAAAGGUUAG